CACCAAUCAAGUUGCGAGAUCGCGUGUCCAGCCAGAUGACCAAGAGUGACGUUGCUGAUCCCGCGCCCAAGUUGGACCUUUGGCGGGACAGUCCUGUGCGCUACCUUGGGUAUGCCAAUGAACUUGGAGAAUCCUUCCGUCCCUUGUUUCCGGGAUGUGUUGGUCCUUCGUAUGCGGUGGCAAUUGCAUACGUCCUGGGGGAUACAUUCGACAAGGGGAUGAUUGCCCUCAACGAUACCCCGACCACACAGUCUGCAGCGGGAAAUGUCGAAACAAACAAGAAAACUCGGGCCGUCAAGGCUGCAGCGGAUACCUUGAUUUGGCAAGGAUUCGCCAGCGUGGCCAUUCCAGGGUUUGUGAUCAAUCGUGUGGUACAUACAGUACAUGUUGCGGCCUCGUCAGCCGUUGCCAAACACGUGAAGGCGAACCCAGCGGUGCUCAAAUGGGGACCGACCUGCGUUGGCAUUGGUGUGAUUCCGUUCAUUAUCCACCCCAUUGACGAAUUUGUCGACUACGCCAUGGACCGCACCACGCGAGUGUGGGCUUAGGACAUUUGAGACAUGCGAUCGAUCGAAGCACAUAGAACUAUAAUAUCACACGAAUGAAAAGUCCAAGAUGUCGAAUCUCCGA